UGAGUUUUAAGUAGGUAGCUUUAUUGCUAUAAAUAUCAUGUACAAGCAAGCCAUUGGAGUAUAACAAAAAAAUCAACUAUGGCUUUUAACCUCUCAGCUGUUUCUUUAACCACUCUGCUUUUGUUGGCAUCAUGUUCAUCAUUUUUGUUUGGUGUAUCAGAGGCUAAUUCAUAUUCAUCAUCUUCACAUCACCAUUUAGUGAAGGGACUUUCAUGGAGUUUCUAUGAAUAUGAGUGUCCUAAAUUGGAAUCUAUUGUGAGAAAACAUCUCAAGAAGGUUUUCAAGGAGGAUAUUGGCCAAGCUGCUGGCUUGCUUCGCGUUCACUUCCAUGACUGCUUUGUUCAGGGAUGUGAUGGUUCAGUGCUGCUUGAAGGAUCGGCAAGCAAGCCGAGCGAGCAAGAAGCGCCUCCGAACCUAAGUUUGAAGGCAACGGCAUUUGAGAUCAUCAAUGAUCUCCAUGCGCUCGUACAGAAGGAAUGUGGCAGGGUCGUCUCCUGUGCUGACAUCACUACUCUUGCAGCUCGCGACUCUGUUUACCUGGUAAAAUCGCCCAACUUUAUCCACUUCUCCCAAUAAUUUAUGCACUAGUUCAAA